AUGGCAGUAAUAAACCAAGCAGCAGCCAAGCUCCGCGCUCAACUCUUCGACUCGGAUGAGCUCAUCGUUUGCCCGGGCGUGCAAGAUGGUCUCUCUGCAAGGGUUUGUCUUCAGCAGGGUUUCAAGAAUCUGUACAUGACCGGCGCAGGCACAGCAAUUUCCCUCUUGGGAAUGCCUGAUCUCGGCCUAACCACCGCGGACGACAUGGUCCGUCAAGCGUCCACGCUCGCCUCCCUCGAUCGCUCCGUGCCCCUAAUCGCCGACAUCGACACCGGCUUCGGCGGGCCGGUAAUGGUCUCCCGGACUGUCGAGCGCUACAUAUUGGGUGGUGUAGCUGGUUUGCACUUGGAAGACCAAGUAACCACCAAGCGCUGCGGCCACUUGGGCGGGAAGGAACUCGUCGACGUUACCACCUUCGCAUCACGCAUCAAAGCGGCGCGCGAAGCGAGGGAGAGGUUGCAGAGUGAUCUCGUCAUCAUCGCCAGGACCGACGCUUUGCAGGGUAUGGGUUUUGAUGAGGCAGUUAGCCGGUUGAAAACCGCAGUGGAAGCCGGUGCGGACGUAGUGUUCCUGGAAGGUGUCAAGGAUCGGGAAGAGAUGAAGAAGUUUACCGAGACCAUGGCCCCAACGCCGUGUUUGGUCAAUUUGGUACCCGGCGGACUGACGCCGUUGGUGAACGCCAAAGAGGCCAAGGAGUUGGGGUACAGGAUUGCCAUCUGGCCCUGCUUUGCCAUGACGCAUGCGUAUUUGGCAUACCAGAAGGCGGCGAGGGAGUUGAUGGAGACGGGGGCGGUGACUGCUGGGUUUACCGAAAAGCAAAAGAGCGAUGGGGAGGAUGCCAGUGGUGAGCAGGUGCCGGGUGGGAUCAGGGAGCUUUUUGAGCUUUGUGGGUUGAGUGAGUGCGUGGAGUUGGACAAGAAGAUGGGUGGACAGACGUUUUCGAAGGGAGUUUGA